UCUAUGGGUGUGAACGAGAUGUGCAAUUUUUACAUGAUGUUUUACUAUAAUGCUACAAGAGAGAAUCCAUUCCCGUGGGGAGCAGUUUGUGCUGGCCGUGAUCGAGUUGUAAGGGUGUUGUUACGUCUUGCUGAAAUUUCUCGCGUUUAA